AUGUCUUCACCUCUCAACGCGAUCCGUCGCAAGAAGAAUGUCAAGAAGGGUAUCCAAUUCUGUUUGAUGGUGUGCGGCGCCAGUGGAACUGGACGCACAACCUUCGUCAACACUCUCUGUGGCAAGAAAGUUCUCGAGCACAAAGAUGCAGACGAUGCCGAAAACGCACACGUUGAGGAGGGUGUACGGAUCAAGCCAGUGACAGUUGAGUUAGAGCUUGAUGAGGAGGGCACCCGCAUCUCCCUGACAAUUGUUGACACCCCCGGAUUCGGUGACCAAAUCGACAACGAGGCUAGCUUCUCAGAGAUCGUCGGAUACCUAGAACGCCAAUAUGAUGACAUCCUUGCUGAAGAGUCGAGAAUCAAACGUAACCCCCGUUUCAGGGACAACCGAGUUCAUGCUCUGCUCUACUUUAUCACCCCUACCGGACACGGUCUUCGAGAACUCGAUAUUGAACUAAUGAAGCGAUUGUCUCCUCGUGUCAAUGUCAUCCCCGUCAUUGGCAAAGCAGAUUCCCUCACCCCGGCUGAAUUAGCUGAGUCGAAGAAGCUUGUUAUGGAAGACAUUGAGCACUACCGCAUUCCCGUCUACAACUUCCCAUAUGAUAUCGAAGAAGAUGACGAAGAUACCGUUGAAGAGAACGCUGAAUUGCGUGGCCUCAUGCCAUUUGCCAUUGUUGGUUCCGAGGAAGUCACUGAGAUCGGUGGUAAGAAGGUCCGGGCCCGACAAUACCCUUGGGGAGUUGUCGAGGUCGAAAACCCUCGCCACUCCGACUUCCUUGCCAUUCGCAGUGCUCUCCUGCACAGCCAUUUGGCCGAUCUCAAGGAGAUCACUCACGACUUCCUCUAUGAGAACUACCGUACCGAGAAACUCAGCAAGAGUGUGGACGGUAUUUCAGCCAACCAAGAUUCUUCUAUGAACCCCGAAGACCUUGCCUCCCAGUCAGUCCGCCUCAAGGAGGAGCAACUGCGCCGCGAGGAGGAGAAGCUUCGCGAGAUCGAACUCAAAGUGCAACGUGAAAUCAACGAGAAGCGCCAGGAGCUCUUGGCUCGCGAGAGCCAGCUCCGGGAAAUCGAGGCCCGCAUGCAACGAGAAGCCAGCAGUCACUUACCUAUUGGCGGUGAAGAGCUCAAUGGAGAAGCUUAG